UCUGUAGGUGUGAAUGUGAGCAUGUCUGUCUCCAUGUGUCAGCCCUGUGAUAGUCUGGAGACCCGUCCAGGUGAACCCUGCCUUCGCCCAAUGUCAGCUGGCAUCAGCUCCAGGCUGCAUUUUGUGUCCCGUGUGAAACCAAAAUCAAUGUCAACUUAUUAUAAUUGACUUUUGUAACUUAAAUACCUUGGCGUACUUAUUUUUAAGCCAAACCAUGAUGUUUUUCCUAAACCUAAGCAAGUAGAUUGUGACGGCAAUCCAUGAGGAACUACUUUUCUCUCUGAACUUAAUCGAGAAAGCAGUUUAGUUGUAUAGGAACUUACCUUUGAAGAAGACAGGGUUGCAUAGAGCCUUAUCUGGAGCUGGAGGGUUGGUUAAUACUUGGAGUUAGCAGUGACAAGGACACAUAUUAAUUCACAAUGAAAUGGUCUUCAAAGCUUCAGUGUUGCUGAAUAGAUGCGUGUUAUAGUCUAUUAUAACAGCGUUGCAUUAUGUCAUGAUUUGUGUUUUUCCUGAUGUGUGACAGAAUUCCAGGUCUGAAGUUAGUUGGAGUGCAGUUUGCCCCGGCUCUUCACUUACAGCUGGAGAGAAGUUCUGGCUCUAGAGACUCUGACAUGCAGCUGCUCCGCACCAUCGUAGACUAUUGUCUGGAGAGACGCGUGGCUCUGACUCUGGCUCGCUACCUGGAGAAAGAGGAGCGUUUCCUCCCCUCACCCAGCAUCAGAGUGGUGGUCACCAUCGAGCAGACAGAGGAGGACGUCCAGAAGGCCAUGUCUUGUAUCCAGGAGGCGGCUUCAGCUGUCCUCAAAUGACCAUGUAGUGUUCUGAAACGUUAAGCAGCCGUCACUGGAGCUCUGGCAGUGGUCCACUCAGUGGACCGGUAGGACAUCACUGUGAGGAGGACACUCCCGACCACAGACUGUGAGCCCUGUACACUGAACGCCUCCCCACGAGGAUCUCCACCGUUAAACACACCUUAUACCUUCUAGCCUCGCUUCUGUUUGUCUGUUAAUACAUUGCCUCUCUCCGUGUUCUCAUUCUUCAUGUGUCAUAACGUGUUGUAUAUUGUUAUGAAUGCAAGAGUGGGCCUUCAGCAGGAUGAUUUGCAGUUGACUUCCCGCUGCGAAAGAAAACCAACUGCAGUGAGAGUUCGACUUGAUCUGGACGGACCAAAUGACUUGUUGCUUUUCCUGUACUGACCAAAGAGGACACAUUUAUCUUAUUGUUUUAUUUAUUGCUUGCAGUCGACUAGUACAUGAAUUGUACACAGGGGUUGUGAUUUUAUAUGCCGCUGGUUGUUGUACCACAAGUAGACACUGAGUUUUAAACCUAUUUUCUUCUUUGUCUUUUGUUAGAGGUCAUUGCAUUCUGACAACUUCACUUUUAUGAAAUGUAAAUAUAUAUGAUUUAAAUUGA